UAGUUGCUGCAGCAAUCUAUCUAUUGGUUGUAAAGAACUAUUGAAGUAAUAUCAUAACUUUGACCAACAACACAACGACGAUGAUGGAUUCAUCAAAAGUAAUUGAUUUUAUAAAUAAUAAGCCAUGCCAAGUUGUUACAAUGCGUUGCCAGCCUUUGGUAUGGUGAUCCAUUUCAAGUUGUUACGAAGAACAACAAGUUUUGUAAACCCCAAUAAAAAACUAGGAAUUCAUUGGGUUGUGAAGAUACAGAACAAAACACUCCACAUCACGUCUUGUCAACAAAGUAGACCAGAUAGAAAUAGGAGCUUAUUGGCAAAGCAAAGUCUCGGACAAAACUUUUUGUAUGACGAUAAUUAUAUACACAGAAUAUGUAACCAAGUUGACUUUGACGUAGAAAAUGGGGGAAAGAGAGUGGUAGAGGUUGGUCCAGGUUUAGGAGCACUAACAAGAGUACUACACGAGAAAUACCCAAAUAUGACGACAAUUGAAAUUGAUACAAGAGCUGUAGACCAUUUACACUCCAAAUUUCCACAACUAAAGGUAUUACAUCAAGAUGUGCUAUGUACGGAUUGGAAAGCACUUGCUCAAUCUCUGGGAGGACCUUUGGCAGUCAUCGGUAAUCUACCUUAUAAUAUAACUACACCAAUUCUGUUUUCACUCAUCAAGAAUAGUUGUCACGUCGACCACGCUAUCUUAACUAUGCAGUUGGAAGUAGCUCGUCGAAUUACCGCUAAACCUAGGUCAAAAGACUUUGGAGUACUUAGCGUAUUUUCACAGCUCCAUAGUCGGCCUUCUCUGUUGUUCCACUUACCGCCUUCUGUAUUUCGGCCAAUACCACAAGUCACUUCAGCUCUAGUGCGGUUAGAUUUUAAACCAAAAAGAGCAACGGAGCUUUUGAAAUAUGUAUCUAUGGAGGAAUUGACACAAGUAGUUCGUACAGCAUUUCAACAACGAAGAAAACGAAUGAGCAACAGUUUGAAAAGUUUGACUAAUCGCUUACAAAAAGAGUUGCCGGAAGAUCUGAAAGGUCGACGUGCAGAAGAGUUGAAGCCUGAAGACUUUGUUCAACUAACGGAAUACUUGUUUGGUCGAAGAGCUGAGAUAAGUGAAUAGGAGCUAUGAAACAGUUAUUGAAAACUAUGUAAUUGUAUCAUAAAAGCCAUAUAAUAGCUUUUAAAAUAGCCAUUU